AUGGCCAUGGCGCUCGAGGGAGAUCGCAUGAUGCUCGUCUAUGAACAAAAGACCAGCGGGAUCAAGCUCGUGCCGGACGGUGUCGCUCUCGUGGAUGAAAUGGAACUCAUCAUGGCCAUGUCCAAGGACCCUAGCGUCUAUCUCGUCACCAAAACCAUUCAGCCGGGCCAGACAUACAUCGACCUCUACAAGAGCGACCUCGUGCGGGAUGGAGAUCAGAUGUCCAAGUCGGCUGAUGAUUGCGAGAAGAAGGUAGCGGAGACGCCGUGGCGUGCGUGGUUGGGCUUCGAGUGGGAGGGCCACAGCUUCACCGAGCUCUCAAUCCUGACCAUUGCACCGAACCACGCCGUUGCCUAG